GCGGUAAAGAGCUCACGAUAAAGGCAAAUCUUCAAAAACACAGGACGAGGAGGAAGAGCGGUGGACCCAUGUCACAACAGCCUAAGUGACGUAUUUUUCCAGCUUGAACAUGAAGACUCUGAUGGUGUUCGACUUCGACGACACUGUGGUGGAUGACAACAGUGACACUUGGGUGAUUAGAUGCCUUCCAAGCAACAGCCUUCCUGACUCUGUGAAGAAUUCCUACAGAAAAGGCCACUGGACUGAGUUCAUGGGGAGAGUGAUGAACUACAUAGGAGACCAGAAGGUCAGCCCCGAGAGGAUCCGCAGCGUGAUGGAGACCAUCCCCUUCACCGCUGGCAUGACCGACCUGCUGACGUUCAUAUCGGAUCACAAGAGCGCCAUCGACUGCAUCGUCAUCUCCGACUCCAACGCCCUGUUCAUAGACUGGAUCCUCCAGGCGUCUGGACUCCAGACGGCGGUCGACCGGGUCUUCACCAACCCGGCCGAGUUCAACGAGCUCGGGUACAUGGAGGUGCGUUGCCAUCACUCUCACGACUGCGAGCGCUGCCCCGUCAACCUCUGCAAGAGGAAAGUCCUGCAGCGGUACCUGUCGGAGCAGCGCGCCGCCGGCGUGGAGUACCGGCGAGUGCUGUACGCGGGCGACGGCGGGAACGACCUCUGUCCCGCCGCCUGCCUCGGGGAUCGCGACGUCGCGAUGCCCCGGAGGGGCUUCGCCCUGGAGAAACUGCUGGCCAAACGGGGAGACGGCGCUCCCCCGAGUGCCAAAGUGGUCGCGUGGAGCAGCGGCGCCGACAUCCUCGAGGAACUCAAAGCAAGUAUGCAGUCGUGACCCGGGACACGGAGAGCUCGAUCAAAGUGCCAGUUGUGACUUGAAACUGAAAUAUUGCACUCGCAGCGCGAUGGUUUAAAAAAAAAUAAUAAUAAAUGAUAAUAAUUGUUAGCCAAUAUAGAGUUAUAUAUAUCACUUUUUUUAAAGUCUAAUUGUGUGUAAAAUCAUUUUAAAUUAGGUACAAAUCCAUAAUUUACUCUGAGCUGAAAUGAGGAAGUGUUUGCAAGUCUGAAAUUAAAAAAAAAAAAAAAAGUUCUGCACACUAGCACCGACAGACAGGGAGUGCACGUCCGCCCGCAACAGCUACUGGCUCUUAUCAGGUUUACAAGGUUGUAAACUUUGGGGUUGACCACCCCCAGUUGCCAUAGCAACGUGUGUGUGGUAGUCCAGUCUAGUAUUUCCCCCCCCUGAGUGUUCACGCUAAGCUACUUGACGCCGAUGUUUCAAUGAGAGACGCGAUGGUGGUGAUGAUCUUCCUGCUUGAAGGCGCCUUACGUGAUAUUGAAGCAUAUCUGUGACCUCAUCGGCCGCUACGUUAUUGCUCUGAAUAUUUAAAAAGAUGUGUUGUUACCAUCCUUUACAUUAAAACAUAAUUGAAUCCUCCCCUUCAGCCCUUAAUGUCACUACAAUAGGUUUGUAAGUACAAGUUGUUAAAUGUCAGUUAUAAUAUGAUUUAAUGUAUUGCACUUCAGCUAACUUAAAAACACAUGUUGUGACAUGUUGUGACCUUUGUGUAACCAGUAUAUAUUACUUUGCAAUAGGCAAUAAGGUCACUGUGACAGUGAGUCAUAAUUCACAUUCAUUCAUUUGGUCAUUUUUUCACCUCGGCUUUUCCUUCUGUGAAAGGUCCUCAGUGAAUCGAAUAAAUAGGGUUCUGGGCAGCAGAUAGCAUUUUAAAAACCACACCUUUUUUUAUUAGUUCACCUCAGUUGCACAUUAUUGAGUAAAGAUGAAUUAAAUUAAAUUUUGUAAAUGCAAAGUUGAAUGGUAUACGAUUCACACAUGGUUGGAUUUGAAUGUAUUUUUGCUCUUUACACAAUUCAGCUUAAAUGUGCUGUUCUGAAAUUGUGCUUUUUACUGUUUUACACCUCAUCUCAGCAGUUUGUAGUCCUACGUACAAUUGAAUGGCAUAAACAACGUAUUAUUCAAGAACAAAGUCCAUGUCCAUGUCUCAGACCUGCUGUUUUUAUUCCAUCAAUCAAGGUUUCAUUCAUUCAUUCACAGUAUUGAAAUGAUCAGUGGACUAGGUCCAUAUAUACCAGCAAUGAAAAACUUGGGUACAAUGUUGUUUCUCUAACGUACACAAAAGGGAAACUGUCGUGUGAAUUGUUAUUUGUUUUUUUUCUUUAACUUGUGAUUCUAAUAAUCCAAAUAAAAUAGAAACUGUUUUUUU